CCCCAACCGCGGGAAUUUCUUCCAGCUUAAACCCUUACAAUAAAUAAUCCUAAAUAUCAGACUUAAAGAAAGAUAGAAAGAAAGAGAGAGAAAGUCAUGACGCACAAUGGACUGGGAGAAACUUGACCUGAAUCCAAAGAUCAUUAAUGCUUUAAGAAAAGCUAAUGUGAACUCAGCGGAACAGAUCCUGAGUCUUCCGGCUUCGGAUCUACAGAGACUCCUCCAGCUGUCUGACCCUGAGGUCCAGCUGGUGCACACUGCGGUAGCGUCUCUGUACCGCCCGCUCCCACCUGUCACAGCUUUACAGCUGACACGUGGAGAAUUUCCUUCUUUGGAGCCUGGGCAUAGGCUUUCGUUUGCUUGUCCUGUCCUGGAUGGUCUCUUGUGUGGUGGCCUUCCCCUGCAAGGAAUAACCGAGUUAGCAGGAGAGAGCGCUGCUGGAAAGACACAGUUUGGUCUGCAGCUUUCUUUGUCCGUUCAGUAUCCACGUGAGCAUGGGGGUCUCGGAGCAGGAGCUGUAUAUAUCUGCACUGAAGAUCCUUUUCCUAUUAAACGUUUGAGGCAGCUGAUUACCCAGCAGUCCCGGCUUCGUCCCGAUGUCCCCCCAGCUCUGAUCCGUAGCCUCCGCUUCAGUGACAACAUCUACAUCGAGCACACUGCAGACCUGGAGGCCCUGCAGACAUGUGUUACAAAGCGAGUGCGCACGCUGCUGGAGCGAGGUCUAGUCCGCCUCGUCGUGGUGGACUCAGUAGCCGCUUUAUUUCGUAGCGAGUUCCAGGCUGAUGAGGCCAUAGAGAGAGCACGUCACCUACUGGCCUUCUCCUCUACACUACAUCGACUCAGCCAUACAUACAGCGCCCCUGUUUUCUGCAUUAAUCAGGUGUCAGAUGUCAUAGAUGGUCCGAACCCAGGCCGCUGUGAUUACGGGCUGGUGGACUGUAAGGUGCUCCCUGCUCUGGGUAUUAUUUGGGCCAAUCAGGUGAUGGUACGACUCAUGCUGAGGAGACAAGAAGGCUGUUUAAAAUCAGAGGAGCAGACCAGCGCCACGCGCAAAUUAGAGGUGGUUUUUGCUCCUCAUCUGCCUCGAGAGUUCUGCCUGUGUGGGGUCUGGGAGGAAGGAAUUCGAGGAGUCACACAAGAAAAAGUCAUUAAACAGUCUCAGGCGGGGACAACAUUAUUAAAGGAUUAGAGCAAAGAAUUUGUGAUUCUCUGGAGGUGAUGAACUCCAUUAACUGAUGAGACAGAUUAAAAUAAUUACACAAAUCUGUUUUACUGCAUCAUUAAAAUACAAAUAGAAAAAGCAUACUCAAUGUUUUUGAAUGUAUGUGUUGUCGAUAAAUUAUAUUUUACCUUAGUAACACCUGUCUAAUCCAGUCAAUGCAACAUUAUAUGUGUAACGCCUUUUACAAAUAAAGUUCUCUAAGAAUUAACCCCCCCCCCCCAAAGAUGUGCAUUAAUCUGUCUACUUUCUGUUCACUCCUUCUGGUGAGGAUCAUGUUGGCAACAGGAUGACAAACAGUAAUGCCAACUAAAUAUUCCAGCUUCUGUUUAGGGAUCCCCUAAAAUCCCCAAACCAACUGUAGGGCUACACAUCUGUACUUGUAUAGACACAUCUGUACUUGAAUAGAUUUA